AUUGGGCACAGCGUAUAUCAUAUAUAUGUCUGACAGUAUCGAAUACGUAUUAUCAUAACGAAUAUAAAUUAUGAGUAUAGGCAUGUAUUCGAAUAGAUGCAUUGUUCGAUGAACACUGAUUUAGUACGUAUUGGCGUCGUAUUCGACCGACGACUGAUUUGAGACAGAUAUUCGAUUUCGUGCACGCUGGGAUAAUUUUUUCUAUCGUCUGUGGGCACAAAAACUAAGCCGCAAAUAAGCCAUACACGACUGGUCGAAGUAACGGACAGAAAUGUUGGGGCGAAAGAAAAUCGAGGAGUUAGAAGUGCAUGUGAAAUUAGAAGAACCUUUAACUAGUGACUCGUGUUGCAAAUUAAUUUUGGAGCUGGUCAAAUAUCUGUUGUAUCAGAAGCAACAGAUUCCGGUGAGCUAUGAGUAUUUACUGCGACUGGGAUCUUCGUCGGUAGGAGUCACUGACCGGAGUUUGGCAACGGCGAGAGCAACAUUGAGUUGCCUGGAGAAUAUUUCAGAACAUUUGAACAUCGAAUUAUGUCGCGAGAGUGCAGUGGUAAAGGAAAUCGUUAUAUCAAUGGGCGCGACGAUACUUGCUCCAAAAUUCUGCCUUCGAGUGAGCCUGCCCCCAGAAAUACUCAGCGGACAGUGCCAUUUCAAGCAGCAGCAUUCCCCCCGUAAGCCGCUGUUGAACCUCAUGAGAUCCAUAACAGAGAGCGGAGAGUUUCAAGAGGCUAUGGCCUUGCCUUUGAUGCCAACGAAUACGUUUUUCCUCUUACAAAAAAGUGAUUCCAACAAAGUGUCCGAAUUCUUUGUGCCUAAACCACGGUACACGGUAUCUAAUGUAACGGCAGGAAGUCGUUUUCACCUGAAGCUAUCCCAUAAAAGUCAGGAAAUGUGGAAUUGUAAUUGCAAGAAUACAGUAAGCGUAUAUCGAGAUCGAGAUGUUUCGUAUUUGGAAUCGGCACCAAGUCAGAACACAGCAGAAAACGGCAGUACUGAAAAAAUGUUUGAAGGGAUCCAAGAUAGUAUAUACCAAUGGUAUCAGUCCAGAGACAUUAUCAAAGGCUUCAAGUUUUCUCGGUGAUGUAAGCAUUGUUUUUAGUUCACCCUUUUUGUAAAACUUUAUCCUCCUAUAUUAUCUCAUCCAGGCUGAUAAACGGUUAGUUGGCUAUUUAGUUAGUAUAAUUUAUGAAAUGGUUAUAACCUUGGGCAUCAGAGCGCAAGUUUUAUGGACAAUCGAUAAGCACUCGCUCAGUUGUGUAAUAUUUUAUAC